CCCGACACCUUAAAUUUAAUUUUGAUUUGAUAUCCUCCAGCGAACCUCAUCUCUCUCCCGGAGAAAAAACCCUAGAGAAGCUCCGAGAUAGCUCUACGCCAUGGGGGACUUGAACGAUCCAUUCAUGCGUAACCAAAACGCCGCCGUUCAGGCCCGCACUAAGGCUCAGAACCGAUCUAAUGUUCUUCAGCUCAAACUGAUGGGUCAGAGCCACCCAACUGGCUUAACACCCACACUCUUGAAACUCUUUGAGCCACGACCGCCAUUGGAGUUCCAGCCACCACCGGAGAAAAGAAAAUGCCCUCCUUAUACAGGCAUGGCUCAAUUUGUGAGUCGCUUUGCUGAACCUGGAGAACCAGAGUAUGCUCCACCUAAGCCGGAAGUUGAAACACCUGCACAAAAAAGGGAGAGAAUUCAUAAAUCCAGACUGGAGAAAGGAGUUGAAAAGGCUGCAGAGGAGCUCAAGAAAUAUGAUCCAAAUAAUGAUCCGAAUGCUUCUGGAGAUCCUUACAAGACAUUGUUCGUUGCAAGACUUAACUACGAGACCUCUGAGAGUAAGAUUAAAAGGGAGUUUGAAGCUUAUGGACCAAUUAAGCAGGUUCAGUUGGUGACCGAUCAGCAAACAAAUAAACCCAAAGGUUAUGCCUUCAUCGAGUACUUGCAUACACGUGAUAUGAAAGCUGCAUAUAAGCAAGGUGAUGGAAGGAAGAUUGAUGGAAGAAGAGUUUUGGUUGAUGUUGAGAGAGGUAGAACAGUCCCGAACUGGCGUCCCCGCAGACUUGGUGGUGGACUUGGUACAUCUAGAGUUUCUGGUAAGAAGAUUGCUGACGAGGAGGAACAACAACAACAACAAUUGCAAGGAAGAAUGUCUCACUCCGAGGAGCCCAGAGCCCGUGAAGAUCGUGAGAAAUCUCGUGACAGGGGAAAGGACAGGGAACGCGAGCAGUCUCAUGAGCGUCCCCGCGAACGGUCUCAUGAGAGGUCCCGUGAGCGGUCUCGUGAGCGGUCUCGUGAGCGUUCCCGUGAUAAACCAAGAGAGAGUCAUAGAGAGGACAAGCACCACAGAGACAGGGAACGAGAAAGAGAGAGCAGGCGUGACCAAGGAGAUAGAGACCGCCGAGGGGAGCGUACUCGAGAUCACGACCGGGAAAGGAGUCGGAAAAGAGAUCGUGAUUACGAGAGCGUUGAGUAUGAAGAAGAUGGGGGAGGAUCCCGCGACAGAGAGGCGGAGUAUGAGCGGGGUGGGUCAAAACAGAGACGAGGUGAUGAGUCAGAAGAAGGUCAUGGGUACUACGAAGGGCGUAAGCGUUCAAGCCAUUACGAGCAGUACGAACGUGAGGAGGAGCAAGGUGGCGACGUUGACCGUUAUAAUCAGUACGGUGACAGAUAUGAACGAGUGGAGGAAGAUGAAUACCGUUAUGAUGACCGCGGGUACAAGCGGUCAGAGCGAUCCAAGUCGCGUGAGUAUUUGCUUUGAUCAUCAUCAGCUCAAGUUAUAUAAUUUCCUUCCGUCGAGAUAACAGUAAAAGUCUCUCAAUAUCGUGUUGUGUCUUGAAAACUAGUACUACUUGUUUUGUUUUCCUUCUGACAAUUUAUUUACUUUUGACCACUAAAAGAUGAUAACAAACAGGAAAAACCAAAAUGCCCAUACAAAUUUUCAUA